UUUUUUUUUUUUUUAUCUCCAGCUGCUGUGCUCUGAUGAAGCUCAACACGGAAUCUCAUUAAAUCCAAACACUGGCUGAAGGUUGGGUUUGGGGAUUUGGAGCUCAAACCUGCUGAAGUUUAAACUUUUAAAGCUUGGAUGAAAAGAUCUUUUGUGUAUCACCUGGAUCUCUCCAGCCCAGAUCUGUCGUUGUUCUUCUGUCUGAAUCCCUGCUGCUGCUGCUGCUGCUUUCAUCUGCCGCCAUGAAGCUGUGAAGCUCCUGAGAAUAAAACCAUCAUGGGUUGCUCGGUUGUCGUCGUUGCUGUUGCUGUAUCAGGUCUCGGUGGUCUGGUGUUCGGCUAUGAGCUUGGGAUCAUCUCUGGGGCUCUGCUGCAGCUCCAGUUCCAGUUCCAGUUGCACUGUGUCCAGCAGGAGGCGGUGGUCAGCUCACUCCUCAUUGGAGCCAUUCUGGCUUCUGUUAUCGGCGGCUGGCUAAUCGAUCGUCAUGGCAGGAGGACGUCCAUCUUACUGAGCAACCUUCUGAUCAUUGGCGGGAGCCUGAUCCUGAGUAUUAGCAUCUCGUUUCUGAUGCUAAUCUCUGGCCGUGUCCUGGUGGGCUUUGCCAUGUGCGUAUCCUCGAUGUCCUGCUGCAUCUUUGUCUCGGAGAUGGUUUCACCUGAACGCAGGGGUUUGAUGGUCACUCUGUAUGAAGUUGGUGUCACAAUUGGGAUUUUGUUCGCAUAUGUAGUCAACUGCGUCUUAUCUGGAGCUCAGGAAGGAUGGCGGUACAUGUUCGGGUUGGCUGUCGCACCGUCACUUGCACAGCUGGUUUUGAUUUGGGUUCUGCCUCCUCAGCACAUGCCAAUCAUACAGCUCCCAAACGAGAACACUGAAAACAGGACUUUAAAUGGAGCGCAAAUGCACAAGAAGACGUACACGAUCGGAAAUCUGUUCCAGCGCCAGGAUAACAUGUGCACCCGGACUGUGAUUGGCCUUGGCCUGGUCAUGUUCCAGCAGUUCUCGGGUCAGCCCAACGUGCUCUUCUAUGCCUCCACCGUCUUUCAGUCUGUGGGAUUCGAGAGCGGCGCGUCUGCUGUGUUGGCAUCGCUCGGUCUCGGGAUCAUUAAAGUUAUCGCGACGUUGGCGGCGAUGUUCUGCGCAGAUAAAGUUGGACGGAGGCCGCUUCUGAUUGGUGGCUGCUCGGUUAUGGCUGUCGGUUUGAUGAUUAUUGGGUUCCUGAGCAGAUAUUCGGAAUUUGAUUCGGUGAAACACUGCAGCUCUGAUUCCAACAACACCGUGUUUUCUGAGAUCGGGAAUAAUAACACGACUGCACUUCAUCAUGACGCAGGGAAGUCGAAUUGGAUUAUUUUGUUUUGCAUGAUGACUGUCGUUGCUGCUUUCUCCAUGGGGUUCGGGCCAAUGACGUGGGUCGUGCUGAGUGAAAUUUUCCCAGCAGAUGUGCGCGGACGAGCGUUUGCUUUGAGCAACUGCUUUAACUGGGCGGCCAACCUGAUCGUCACCUUCUCCUUCCUCAACGUCAUGGAUGUGAUGGGUCUUUCUGGAACGUUCUUCACGUAUGGUGUGAUCGCAGUAGCAGCCGUUGUUUUUAUCUACAUCCUUCUACCAGAGACUAAAGGCAAAGCGCUGCAGGACAUCGACAGGGAGCUGUGUGAAAGACGGUUUCCUCACAGAGCUGAAUUCUGCAGCCUUUUCCAAAGACGACGCUUUUCACCUGGAUACCAGAGAGUCUCCUGGACGAGUUCAUCGGUGUAACGUCCUCCAUCAGCGUAACGUUCAUCAGUCAACCAGCAAGAACCUGAAGAUUUAUUAUUACCUCCGCCAAGGAGGUUAUGUUUUCGGUAGCGUUGGUUUGUUUGUUGGUUGGUUUGUCUGUUAGCAACAUUACGGAAAAAGUAAUGAACGGAUUGCUCUGAAAUUUUUUCCAGAGGUGUGACUGGGCACAAGUAACAAUCCAUUAAAUUUUGGCGGUGAUCCGGAUCCCAGGUUUUUUGAAGGAUUCGUGGCGGAGGUCUGUGCUCUCCAAGUGCUUUUCUAGUCUAAAACAUGCAUUUAAAAAAAAUGCUAAAAUUGUGUUUAGAUUAAAUGUUAAAAUUAAACAUUAAAAUUAAACAGUGUAUAGUAACAAUAUAUAAACUAAGGUUAAGUGCGUGCUU